AUGAAUAAUUCUCCUAAUUCCCUUGUGGAUUAUCAAAAAAACAAAGAACAAAACAACCGUCAACCGUCAGUUAAUAUUCAGCCAGAUAAUGACGAGCAAAAAAUCCUUCAAGAACUUAAUCAAUCGCUAAAUUUAGGUUUAAAUAACCCUAAUUUAAAGCAAGUAAUUAACAAAAUUCAAGAAUUAAUUCAUAAACCGCCAAGUAGUUUUUCUAACUCUGGACUUUAUUCCUCGCCGGCGACUGAUAAAGCUAUUGAUAAACAAUUACAAGCAGCUCAACAAACUAUUUUGCAGUUAGAAAAAGAAUUAUCCCAAAAAGAUACUCCGUUUGGCGGAGAUUUAGCCACAAUUAAAAAUUUAGAAAUCAAAAGUUUGGAACAAUUAUUGCCUAAUCAAUUAGAAGAAGAAUUUAUUUAUCAAAUUAAACAAAGCCAAAAUUAUGAGCAAUUAGUGGCAGUUAGAAAUAGUUACUUAGCUAAAAAAUUAGUCCAAGCCCAAAAAAGUGAAACCCAAGAAAUAAUUAAACCUAUGGAGUUAAGUUCUAUUGGAGCAGAGCCAAGCCAAAUAAAAUAUGAACGUUAUUUAGAGAUAAAAGGAAUGUUUAUCGAACCCCAUUUCAAAAUAUCUCACCCCGAAUUUACUUAUGAAUUUAUUGCCCAUUUUGUCAUUGAAAGAGGAGUAGGAAAAUCUACCCUGGCUCGCGCCCUAGCCGUGGAAGCCUCCAAGCAAAAAUUAAGAGUAUUAUUAGCUGAUUGUGACCCUCAGCAAGCCACUACAUUAAGGGAAGCUAACCAGUAUGAUUUAACUAUUAUUGAUGGUCCGGCUAGAACUAGCCAUGCCACCCUGGAAAUCGCCCAAAAAGCUGAUUUAGUAAUUCAGCCGACGGGAGCAAGUAGGGAUGAUUUAAUUCCAGCAGUGAAAGAAUUUAAUGCUUUAUUUAAAGCAGGAGUUAAUAAGAAAAAAUUAUUAUUUAUCCUUAAUCAUAUAGGUAGCCAAGCCGAAGCCGAAGCCGCCCAAGCAUAUUUACAAGAAACUAGUUAUUCUUUUUUACCGAUUGUUUUACCGGAAAAAGUUUCUUUUCGUUCCAUUCAAAAUGAGGGCAAAAGUAUUACCGAAACUGCUUAUAAAACUUUGCGGAAGCAAGCUAAGAAUUUUGAAAAACGUGAUGAAAAAGAUGAGGGGUUCCGAGUGGAUGAUGUGGGCUUUUUUGAUGACGGAAAAAUAAAAACUUUUAUUCUUUUUGAGUUCAAAAAAGAUGUUUCAGAUAGAUUACUCGACCAAACUCCUGGGUUUAACAAGUUCCAAAAGAGUAGUUUAGAUGAGGAAGAAGAAAAGAGGAUUUUGUUAGUAGAAAUUAAUAAAUUUGAGGAGGAUAUUUUAGUAAUGGGAAUAAUAGGAGGAAAAAUCCCAGAAAAGAUGAGUUGGUCAGGAGGCAAAAGAAUGGUCAGAAGAGAUAGAAAAAUUUAUCCUUUCUCUUGGAAAUUUAAGAAAAGAGGUUUGGCUAAAAGAGGAUUAUCAUCCUAG